AUGAAUCGUUUUACCAAAGAAGCCUUGAAGGUCCCAGAUCUAGAUCAGAAGGUAGCCAUGAUUGCACUCCAACAAGGCACCACUGAUGAAAAUUUUCGCCGAUCUCUAGCCAAGAGGGCUCCGGACAAUAUGAACGAUUUGCAAGAGAGAGCCGGAAAGUAUAUAAAGGCAGGGGAAAGUUUGAGAAAAUCCCAGAACAAUCAGGGACCGAAUACCAACUUCAAAAAACGUGGGAAUGACACGGAGUAUAAUGCUGAGAAUAAGUACUCCCGGAAGGAAGAUGAGGAAAAACCGCCUGCUAAAAAGAAGGUGGGGCCGAGGUUUACUGAGUAUGCCAGGCUUAACGCCCCGAGGAGUCAAAUCCUGUUGGAAAUUGAGAAGGAUGAAAGUUUGAAGGAUGAGAUUGAGUUCUUGAUCCGAAGAGGAAAGUUAUCCAAAUUUACCAAAGAUGGAGACAAGAAUCAUCGAGACAAUGAUAAUCGUGGAAGAGACAACGAUGACAAGAGAGCUCAGCCUCGAGGGCCUGUUAUUAAUGUGAUCUCCGGAGGGCCUACAGCCGCUGGUACUUCCAGUAACUCGAGGAAGGCUUAUGCAAGGGAAGUAAUGAGUAUAGUUGGAGAACCCCCAAAGCGGGCAAAAAUUGACUAUGCAAUGGCAUUCGAUAACGUCGACCUUGAGAAGGUAAAAUUCCCCCAUGAUGACCCCUUAGUAAUUACACCAGUGAUUGGAAACUCGUCCGUAAAGAGAGUGCAUAUUGAUAAUGGAGCCUCGGUGGAUAUUUUGUUCUAUGAUGCCUAUGAAAAGAUGGGAUACUCCGAUACUCAACUGACACCCUCGGAUAUGCCUAUAUAUGGCUUCAACAAUGUGGAAACCAAGAUUGAAGGCAUGAUCCAACUACCUGUAACUAUGGGUACCGAACCUAGGCAAGCCACAUGUAUGAUAAAUUUCUUGGUUGUCAAAGCCUCGUCUACCUAUAAUGCCAUCCUUGGAAGGACUGGGAUACACGCUUUUAAGGCAAUCCCGUCCACUUACCACAUGAAGAUUAAAUUCCCAACUAGGAACGGAAUUGGAGAAGAAUUAGGAGAUCAGAAAAUGGCCCGAAGCUGUUAUAUUGAGGCACUAAGGUCUGGCGGAACCGGGGGGCAAGUACUACCCAUAGAGGAUCUAACAUCCGAGAAGAGGAAGAAAGAAGAGGCAAGCCCGCCGAAGACUUGA